AUGACAACAGAGAUGCGUCCUACAGAAACACUUCCUGCCUCAUCAUCAUCUUCAACUGAGAACACAAAUCUUCCGCCGAAACUCACGGACAAUACGAUUGAUACAGCUGCCACCACUGCCACUCACAAUCACUCAGAGGUGAUGACAACCCUCACCAACGGUACUGAGAUGAUGAUGACAACAUCAUCACCAACCAAGAACAUGAACAACCCUUCAACAACAACAACAAUAACGGCCUCUACCGAUGGUGGACUCGAAAGGACAACCACAGAAUCCCUCAAUAGCAACAACAACACCUUUUCAACAACAACAACAAGUUCUGAACUUGGUACAACCACUCAACAGUCAUUCAACACAAAUAACAAAGAAGAAGAAAAGAAUCACAAUCACAACAACAAGGACAUGAUAUCAUCAUCGACAUUAUCCUCCACAAAAGUCAAUCAACCAUCACAACAAGAAUCAUUAUUGAAUUCUUCUUCGGAAGAAGUUUCUGGGAAAGAAUCACAACAAGAACCAUCACAACAACUGAGAGAAGGAUCGUCCUCAUCUUCCUCGAAUGAUGAUGAUGAAUUUGGAGAAGAUGAUGAGGAUGCAGAACCGAAUAUGGAUUAUAACGAAGAAGACGAAGACACGACUGCCUCGCAAAAGUACAACAUUCUUUUGCCUCACAAGAACGAUGUCCAUCUCCUCUCGACACUACGUUCCAAAGUAUCCAAUUCACCCAUCUAUCUCACUCACUACACCUCUUUGGAAAGUACAGCCAUGAGGAUGAAAAGAAGACAUAAUCGUUCCAUAAUGAGAGAAGGCAAUAAUAAUAGUCCUAACAACAACACCACGAGCUUGAGCAACAUCAUCAACAACAACAACCAUGGAAUUCAUCUCUCUCAAAGCCUUUCUCUGGAUUCAUUUGCUUCGUCAUCAUUGGCAUCCUCAAUGUCGAGUGCGGCUGCUGGUUCCUUGUCCAUUUCUUCCUCUCAGUCUGCUCUUCAGCAACAACAACAACAACCCUGGCACCCGAGAACACCCAAUUCGGGAAUCUUUUUGAAUGAUAUGAACGGAACGCUUUUUCAAGAGGAAUCAGCUCUCAAACUCUUCCUUUCUCAUGCCUACAAUAAGAAACAUUCAUCGAGUGCUGCCAUCAUUUCAGCCUCUUCCUUAUUUACUUCUGCUUCUUCAGCGGAGGAUGAUGCUAUCCAUUUUCUCAUACAGUCAACACCACCCUCUUCAACUACAGCAACAACAACUACAGGCUCUCUGAUGCAGACACCUACUACCACCACCACCAACAACAACAACACCUCCGAGCCAAGUAGUAGUGCAAAUAAUCAGCAGCACCAGAACAUUAAUUUUGCUGCUGUUGUUGAGAAUUUGAAUAAUUGCAAAAUUUACUACUUUUACACGCCCUAUGAGAAGGCUUUUAUGAGUUCCACAACAACAUCAUCAUCAUCACCAAAUGUUUCAUCUUCAACGGAUCCUUCAUUUUCCAAGCCUUCCAGUAAUGACCACCAUCAAUAUAAUAUUGGGUCGGAUCCACUCAAAAUGAAUGUGAGUGCACUCAGCAAUGGUGCUGGAUCCUCAUCAUCUUCAUCAUCAACAACAGAAUCAUCACCAGAAAAAACAACCGCACCAUCGAGUUCAACCGCCACCUCAGCAGCAACUCCCGUGAUUGGAAGUAGUAGAAGUGGUAGUGUAACUGGAGCCUUAAUUGAAAUUGGAGAUCAUAUUCAACAACAGGCUAAUCAUCAUCACCAUCACCAACAACUCCAAAAUAAUAGAAAGGACGCUCUUAAGACCAUGCUGCCUUCUUCCAAUUCUCUGAGCAAUUCUACUACUACGAAUAAUGGCUCAUUAACCAGUAAUAAUGUUAAUAAUAAUAAUAACGGAACCGACACCAAUGAACCCUCUCCUGUAAAUACAGUAGUUUCAUCAUCGUCUGCACCAUCAUCAUCAACAGCAGUCGUAACCACUCUGAACUCAGAGCAUCAUCAUCCACCCCAUCAUAUUAAGGUAGAACCUCCUACUCCUCAACAUGACCGUGCACAUCAAGAAGCUGUGCUCUUAUUGGAAAACAAUUCAAACCUCAAUAAUAUACCAAACAAUUCAUUGGCUAGUGAACAAAACCAUAGCAACGAAACGACCGGCAUAACUUAUCAAUAUUCAUCCACAAAUCCUCAUCGGAGAGUACAAAGUGAUACUUCUGCCUUUCAACGCCUACAAAUUGGCUCAACAACUGCCACCAGCACAACAACCGAUUCGAAUGGUAGUAAUGACUCUCAAGACAACCUGCCCAUAAAUACUCCACCUCAAAGACGACAACAACAAAUACUCCGUGACGCAGCAAGCAUCAACAACGAAGAACAAAACUCCUUCGACUUUACCAAUAACGCUACUCUUCUUGAUCAAUCUGAAGGUGAUAUUCGAUUCAUGCUCGGAAAUGAAGAAUUGACACCCGGUUCCUCUGCCAUAACCUCUCCUUCAACGUCCAACUCAGACACUUCACAACUGGGAAUGUCACUUCCAGUCAAUGGUUCCUCCACCUUUGACGUGUCACGAUCUCACAUGAAACGAAGUGGAAGUGUUCGAGGCUUAAACAAGAACGUUUUCUCUCCCAUCGAUAAAAAGAAAGCUCAUCGAAGAGUGAAAAGCUUCAAUGUGGCUCCAAUAACUCCCUCUCUAGGAUUUACCUCAGAGUCAGAGGUUCGCUCGAUCACUAUCGAAUUGGUCUUUUUAGACAUUGAUGCAUGUUUCACAAAAUUUGAGCCACUAAGAAUUAUUUCUGAUAUGUGGACAAAAGAUUUGGAUUAUUUCAAGUUUGGAGUGAAAAUAUUUAACAGGAUGUAUGUGUGGCUCGAGGAUUCACUCGUUCAUCAGUUUACUGUUGAGAAAAGUGAUUUAGUGGAUUGCCCAUCGAUUGAAUUUACAUUACCGGAGCAGCCAGUGGCGAAGAUUAUCGAUGCGACAUGCGCAAUUAUUAACGAGUUUAACACAAAAUAUACCUACUCAUACUAUAAUUGCCAUUCAUUUUCAUUUGCCAGAAAGGUUGCAGAAAAACUGUCAGGCAAAAAGAUCAAGAGCAAGAAUGUGCUUCCUAAAACUUUGGUUCAUCACUUUAGAGAAUGGAGAGAGGCUGAAAAGAAGAGAAAAGAAAAAGAGGAAAAAGAAGAAAAGGAGCAAGCAAAAUCCUCCUCCACUGAUAAGAGUCCUGUUACCAAUAAUGGUACAGCAACAACUGCCGAGACAUCAUCGGAAGUGACUCACUCUCAAAAAGAUCAAGUGACCAGCAAUAGCUCUUCAAGUGGCUCAAAAGAGGACCUAAAUUCACCAAAACCUCAAUCUGCAGAAAAACCAAAAAAUCCAACUUUGGAUCCGUUGGACUAUCUUGAUCUUAUGAUUGAAGAGGAACGAAUGAGAGAUGUUAAUUUCUUGUAUUAUGUUCCCAAACGUUUGUUAUUGAAAAAGUAUAGAAAAUUCCAUCAGAAACAAGAAAUUAAGAACCACACCUAUCUCCUUAAUUUGAUCAACUCACUUCUCGAGCAGUGUCCCAAUUUCAAAGAAGAAUACAAAAUGGACUAUUAUAUUUUGAAAACUCUGGAUCGAUGGUUCUGGGCAGAGAAGUAUUUACAGGAAAAUUACGACCCUAUCAAGCAAAAGUCCAAAUUCUUCCACAAAGAGGGAACAAAAAUUCAUUUCCCAGAACCAACCUUCCUCAAAGAAAUAGUUUUGGAAAAAAAGAAUAGAAGAAGAAAAAUAUUCAAUGUGAAAGUGGAAGAUCCUGAAUUGGAUGUUGACUACAAUGAUCCAUCGGCUGUUUUGUGGAAAAACGUGGAUGGACAUUUGGUAACCAAUUUUGAGUAUCUAAGACAAGAGAAGAAGGGUAAAACUGUGAAGGUCCUCACAAUGGACGGAGGUGGUAUGAAAGGGCUAAUUCUCAUUGAAAUUCUUACAGUCAUUGAAGAGCGAGUAGGAAAGAAAAUUUGUGAUAUUUUCGACAUUGUCGCGGGUACAUCCACAGGCGGAAUUUGUGCUCUUCUAAUCAAUAGAGGAAUUUCAAUGAAGGCUGCAAAGGAAAUCUAUAUUGAGAUUGGAAGAACAGUGUUUGAUUUGAAAACCACACGAAACAAGUCCUUUGUUAAAACCAUGAAGGUGCUACGAGGAAGAUCCUGGUACGAUGGAUAUCCUCUCGAGCUCUCCUCUCUCAAAUUAAGUCAAGAUGUUGAAUUGAAUCACAUGCAUGUCAAAAAGCCAUUGACCUUUAUUGUGACCACAAUGAACAAGUCCACAAAUCCCAAGAUGAAUCUCGAUGAACCAACGGCCUGUGUUCUCAGAACCUACAGUGAUCCGUAUGAGUUUGGAGUAAAAAAUGGAGAUUCAUCGAGCAAAAAACAGCCCACCUUUUACAGAGGUACCACAACCGGAGCGGGAAUCACUUGUACCGAUGCUCUGAGAGCAACCUCUGCUGCUCCCAUGUAUUUCAAACCUAGAAAAAUUGGAGACACGGAAUGUAUCGAUGGAGCUGUUGUUGCCAAUAACCCAACCUCAAUUGCUCUCUACGAAACGAAACAAAUUUUCCCAAAUCACGACAAAUUUGUAUUCAUUAGCUUAGGAACUGGAGCUCUUUCAGGUAAAUCGAGUCAGCAAAGUAAUGAUGGCGACGAGGAAGUGAAUUUAAAUAUUAGCCCUACCACCAAGACGAAGAAGAAGGGAAUUUCAAAAGUAUUUAAGGGAAUUUCACAAACCAUUAAUACUUUAUUAUCGGUAGUCAAUUUACAGCUAAGUAGCGAAAGAAUUCACAAAAUGGCUAGUGCUCAACUUGAAUUCUUCAAGGAAGGAAAAUCUUUGUGUGAAUAUUUUCGUUUAAAUGUACCCAAGUUGGGCGAUUACGGAUUAGAUGAAAUCUCUGAUGAAUUAGUGGCCAUAUUCGAAAAGGAAACAAAAGCAUAUAUUGAAAAUCAUCCUGAUCUGGACAGAAUUUGUGAAUUGUUGAAACAAGAGUAA